AACAACAGCUGUUUGAAGAAGAAGAAAAAAGCCUAUGUAAAAAAUGUAAUUGUGAUUCUAAACAGCAGAAAAACACGAGAAAAAGCGAGUGAUAAAUCUGAAAAGGCCAAGGACUAAUAAAAAAUAACUAGAAAUUUAAAGAAACUGAUAAAAGUGCAAUAAAACUGAAGCAAUUUUGUGGGCGCAUUGUUGCGUGUGUGUGCAGAGGUGAGGCGUGAGUAAUCGACAGCGAAGAUAGAAAACACAGGAGCCAGUGACGCCAUUUUCUGUGCGAAUUAGCAGAAAAAAAAAAUCAGAGCAGGUGGGGCAAAAGCAGACGCAACGGCAACGCCGCGUGACCAGCAGUGACAGCAGCAGUACUAAGAAGCGAGAAAGAGAGAGAGAAGAGAAAGAGGACACACGCAUUCAAUGAGCAGCCUAAUCAACUUUCUCAACCCAAAACUAAAGCCCUCUGUGGAAUGCGACGCCGUCUGCGAGGAUGGCUACACAGCGGCGAAUCUCAUAGCAGAUGAUGCGGAGCAGCUGGAGCGAGGGUUCCUCUGCUUUGCAGUCUGCAAGCCACCCGUUGAGAUUGUCUUUGACUUUCCCAAAGCCAUCGACAUGAAGGUCAUCAAGCUCUGGCCCAGCUCGGGGUCACUACGCUCCACUGGGUUCGAGGUGCACGGCAAGCAUGACGGCAUUUGGGAGCGCGUGGCCUACGUACGUGACCUGCCCAAGGGUAUGGACUCGGUAACCUUUUGCUAUCAGAGCGACUACAAUUCACGCAGCAGCGCCGCAGCUGCGCAGCAGCAGAGCGAGAAGGUGUUCUUCUUUAAAACGGCCCACAAGAUUCUCGCCACCACAAACAGCGUGAAGAUUGUGAUCCGUGCCACGGAACGCUGUCCGCCCGUGCUCCGCAAGAUCCAAAUGUGGGGAUUGCCCGCCCGCUGCCUCGACAAAGCCGACCGGGAGCUGAUGAAGACCAUCUGGAGCGAGAUUAGCGAUCCCUAUGGCCUCAGGGAUCAGGCCCAACAGCAGCAGGCGGGUCAAAGGUCGCCUUCGCGCCACAUUCCCGAGCUGCGCGAGCAGUCAACGCUGGAGAUUCCCGAGGAGUUUCUCGACUCCAUCACUUGGGACUUAAUGAUAUUUCCCACAGUGCUGCCUUCCGGCAAAGUGGUCGACCAGUCUACUAUAGAUAAGCACUCGGAGGAGGAGGCCAAGUGGGGCCGCUCGCCAUCCGACCCGUUCACGGGACUUGAAUAUACCUCACAACGCAAAGCAAUACUGAACCUGCCGCUCAAGGCUCGCAUCGAAAAGUUUCUAAUGGAGCACUCGGAGCACUUUAAGUCCGUGCCGCGUUCGCUGGGCAGCUCCCGGAUGCGUCGCCGUCACGCCUCCCAGUUCGCCAGCCACAUGUGUCAGCCAGGUCAAGGGAGCAUCUCCGCCGGCACUUAUUCCUCAUUGAGCAGCGUUUACAAGCAGCAUCAGCAGCAGCAACAACAACGCAAGACCAAGUCAACAGUCACUGCCACGGCCACAUCGGCAUUCUCAGGUUCUUUAUCGCCGACCUCGCCGCCAGCAGCGAAGCGUGCUCGUCACAGUCACUCCGCGUAUGCGGUCAGUGCCACUGUCACCGCCAGCAGCGUUGACCAGACGCCUACCUCAUCAUCACCAACAUCAGCAUCAUCAGCAUCAGCAUCUGUAGCAGCGGGCACAACGUCGUCUUCCAUUGACCAGGCCAUACAACAGGCGCUGCAGAAAAUAACCCGCUUCACCCAAGUGAGCACAGCUGUACAGUCGCCUCCCAGCUGUAUCAACUGUCGCAGCGGUCAGUUUGCCUAUGAGAUCCGCACUUGUCGGCAUCUGGUCUGUCGGGAGUGCCUGGUCAUGCUCUCGGCUACGCAGCUGUGCGUCUGCAAGGUGUCCUUUCGUGGCGGCGACGUGGAGCGCUAUCACAAGCUGCCGUAGUGCCUCCUCCUCACCAUAAAAUUUAGUCUCGUAUUCUAGUGCUUCAAUAUAUAUAUAUUUAUAUAUAUAGUAUAUAUAUGGAUCG